CCCGGGUCUUUUUCCACCGGCCGGCACAGACACGCUUCUCAUCUGCGGGCCGAUCAGCUGUCGGCGGUCGCGGGGAAACGUCGUCGGCCUCGAAAACGUGCGGGUCUCCUCCUCUCGUGAACAACCCGGACAACCGGAUCGACAUGGACAAGCGAAAACGCCCGUCAGCGGCCGUUUCGAGCCCCGGCGACGGCUUCGACACGCCGGAGAGGCGAGCGCCAGCGGACCGCGCGCCGGACUCGGACUACUCGCGCUGGGGAGAGGAGGAAACGUGCCAGUACCUGCGAAGAGAAGGUCUCGGAGAAUGGGAGGAAACCUUCAGAGCUCAACGCAUAACCGGUGUCGGCCUCAGGUCGCUGACGGAUGCGGACCUGGCGGAGCUCGGCGUAGAGCACAAAGGUGACCGUCUGCACAUCCUGCACAGUGUCUGCAAGCUGUGGCAGAUAGGAGCAGAGCCAAGCAAGGUGUUCAACGAUCCCAUCCACGGGCACGUGGAGCUGCACCCACUCCUCAUCAAAAUCAUCGACACACCUCAGUUCCAGCGACUGCGAAACCUCAAGCAGCUCGGAGGGUCCUACUUUGUUUUCCCCGGCGCGUCGCACAACCGCUUUGAACACUCCAUUGGGGUGUGCUACUUGGCAGGACAGCUUGUACAAGCUCUCAAUGAGCGGCAGCCGGAGCUCCUCAUCACCCGCAGAGACAUCCUCUGUGUGCAGAUCGCAGGACUCUGCCAUGACCUGGGACAUGGGCCAUUUUCCCAUAUGUUUGAUGGGAGAUUCAUCCCAAAAGCACGUCCAGAUAUCACCUGGAAGCAUGAGAACGCCUCUGUGGCCAUGUUUGAUCACCUGGUUAAAGAAAAUGACCUGAAUCAGCUGAUGACGCAGCACGGCUUGGUGCUGCCUGAGGACCUGACGUUUAUUAAGGAGCAGAUUGGUGGACCACUGGACACUAAUGCAGCUCAGGCCAAGAAGUGGCAGUAUAAAGGACGUCCUAACGACAAGUCCUUUCUCUAUCAAAUCGUGGCCAACAAAACAAAUGGUAUCGAUGUGGAUAAGUGGGACUACUUUGCCAGGGACUGCUACCACCUGGGCAUCCAGAACAACUUUGACUAUCGCCGCUUCCUGAAGUUUGCCAGGGUUUGUGAGGUGGACGGUCAGAAGCACAUCUGUACCAGAGACAAGGAGGUGGGCAAUCUGUACGACAUGUUCCACACAAGGAACUGUCUCCACAGACGAGCCUACCAGCACAAGGUCGGCAACAUCAUAGAGGCCAUGAUCACCGAGGCCUUUUUGAAAGCAGAUCCAUACAUCCAGAUUGAGGGCUCAGAAGGGAAGAUGUUCACUCUCUCCACAGCCAUAGACGACAUGGUGGCCUACACCAAACUGACAGAUAACGUGUUUGAACAAAUACUCCACUCGUCCGUCACGGAGCUGGCAGAACCGAGGGAGAUUCUAAACAACAUCAUCUGUCGGCGCCUCUUCAAGUUUCUGGGCGAAACCCAGGCAGACGAACGUUUGAGUGUCACCAAGGAGAUGAUUAAAAGCUGGGAGGCAGAGUUGGCUGAGGCCAACCCUCAAUGUGAGGCCCAGGAUGUCAACCUGCUGCCAGAGGACUUCGUAGUUAGUAUCAUUAACAUGGACUAUGGGAUGAAGGAAAAGAACCCAAUCAACAGUGUGCAUUUCUAUAGCAAGGACAACCCAACCAAAGCCUACCAAAUACGCAAGAACCAGGUGUCAAAACUUCUUCCUGAGCAAUUUGCUGAGCAGCUGAUCAGGGUCUACUUCAAGAAGAGGGAUGAUAAUAGUCUGGACGCUGCCAAGAUGCAUUUCGUUCAGUGGUGCAUGGACAGGAAUUUCUCAAAGCCUCAGGAUGGAGACAUAAUAGCACCUGAGCUGACCCCUCUGAAAGCCAGCUGGUCGAACAUCAAUGAACGCGAGGAUGGGCCGAAAAAAGCCAGAACUCAGCUCAACUUUGAAUGAGAGGAGGAGAGCAAAUGCCCCUCUGUUAUACUUUUGGUAGACGAGACGGUGUUGAGUGAAAAAUUAUAUUUUUCUACGAAGUGAGUGUGCUUUUACGAGCACAGCACGGCAAAGCUGAAGUGUUAG